AUGAGAGGAGCAGCUAUGAGUCUAACUGCAGCAGCGAGUGGAUUAGUUGUCUUCCUGCUCUCUGUUUCAGUGGCUCAGGGUCAGUAUGGCAUGACUUACUCUUCUACUAAGAUCUGUGCAGUGAAAGGAUCAACAGUGGAGAUUAGAUGCAGCUACACAUACCCAUCUACAUCAAAUGGUCGUGUUAACACAGUGGAGAAAACAUGCUGGUUCACUACAUGGAAAGAUCUUAAACCUGUAGAUCUGACCACAGACUCAGAGUAUGCAGGUCGUGUAGAGGAUCUCUGUGAAAACAACACCUGCACUCUGAGAAUCAAAAACCUGAGAGAGAGCGACUCAGUUGAGUACUGGUUCAGCAUCAAAACAAGGCAAUAUACCCACUUGGGUGUUCCUGGAACCACUCUGUCUGUUACAGAUCUCCAGGUGCAGGUGAGCAGAUCAGGAUCGUCUACUCGCCUUCAGUGUCUCAGCAGUUGUCCACCUGGUCAUACUUCCUACAUCUGGUUCAAGAAUGGACAGAAAGUGAAGAAAGAGACAUCUUCUUAUGCAGACUUCAAUUAUGAGUCAGCAGACAGUUAUUCCUGUGCUUUAAAGGGAUAUGAGGACUUCCCCUCUCCUUCAGUGUAUGCUCCAAAGCCUCCCUCUGUGUCAGUGAGUCCCUCUGCUGAGAUAGAGGAGGGCAGUUCAGUGACUCUGACCUGUAGCAGUGAUGCUAACCCAGCAGCUAACUACAUCUGGUACAAGAAGAAUGGAAAUGCAGACCUUUCUUCUGUCAGUGAAGGACCACGUCUUUUCCUCAGCUCCAUCCAGUCCUCUGACUCUGGACAGUAUUUCUGUAGAGCUGAGAAUCUGAUGGGGAGUAGAAGAUCUGAAUCCAUCUCUAUUGAUGUGAAAUACUCUCCAAAGCUCCCUUCUGUGUCAGUGAGUCCCUCUGCUGAGAUAGAGGAGGGCAGUUCAGUGACUCUGACCUGUAGCAGUGAUGCUAACCCAGCAGCUAACUACACCUGGUACAAGAAGAAUGGAAAUCGGAAACUUCCUCCUCUCACUACAGAACCAAAGCUUUUCUUCAGCUCCUUCCAGGUUUCUGACUCUGGACAGUAUUACUGCAGAGCUGAGAAUCUGAUGGGGAGUAGAAGAUCUGAAUCCAUCUCUAUUGAUGUGAAAUACUCUCCAAAGCCUCCCUCUGUGUCAGUGAGUCCCUCUGCUGAGAUAGAGGAGGGCAGUUCAGUGACUCUGACCUGUAGCAGUGAUGCUAACCCAGCAGCUAACUACACCUGGUACAAGGAGGACGAAGACUCUCCAAAAGCUUCAGGACAGAUCUUCACCAUCACUGACUUCAGAGCUGAACACAGUGGGAGUUAUUCCUGUGGAGCCCAGAACAAGUUAGGACGUAGUAACUCCACCUUAACUCUGAUUGUUGUGGCAGGGAGUUCAACAAUGACAGUGAAUAUCAUCGGGACGACUCUGGGGGUCUUGAUUCUGAUUAUUGCGCUUCUCCUGAGUCUGUGGACGAGGAAGAAGAAAGCUCUGCGCUCCACCACUGAAGCACCUGAACCUGAAGAGACAGAGUUGGACUCUGAUCCUGAGUAUCAGAACGACUCACACACUGCAGCACAGACAGAAGACACAGAGGAGCAGGAAGACAUGGUGUGA